UAACAUUAUCCCUUCUGCAUGACCAAAACAAGUUGCCCCACAGCAAAGACAAUAUAUUUCUCAUAAUUUUUUUGAACUUUCUAUCCUCCUUUGUACUAAACAAGCUCCUAAUGGAUUCAAUGCUGCUUGCCGCGCUUGUCCUUAUUCCUCUGUUAUCCCUGCUGGUAGAAAGAAGUAAAGGGAAAUCAAUCUCAAAAAAAACACCUCUGCUUCCUUCACCUCGCAAGCUUCCUUUUAUCGGCAAUCUCCAUCAAAUGGGCUUGUUACCUCACCGCUCGCUCUUCAAGCUUUCAAAGAAGCAUGGGCCCCUCAUGCUUCUACAGCUAGGCAGCGUCCCCACUCUUAUAGUCUCAUCACCUUCUGUUGCUCAAAAGAUCGUCAGAAAACAUGAUCUCAUAUUUGCAAGCCGGCCUUCACUUAAAGCAUCAAGGAUGUUGUUUUACAACAAUAAUGAUAUUGCCUUUGCCCCUUAUGGAGAAUAUUGGAGACAGAUGAAGAAGGUCUGUGUAACCAACCUCCUUAGCUUAAAAAUGAUAAAGUCCUUCAGUCUAGUCCGUAUGGAGGAGGUGUCUUUAAUGAUGGAAAGAAUUUCUCGGAUAGCUUCGACCAAUAAGGGAGUUGUAUGCAUGUCCGAGAUCCUGAAUUCAUUUACAUGCAACGUCAUUUUUAAAUCUCUUUUCGGGUCAUCGUUAAGCCAAGAGAAGAGAGAACAUCUUUGCGAGUUUAUUCGUGAGAGUACUGUUUUGUUUGGUGAAGUGUUCCUCGAGGACUAUUUCCCUGGUUUGAGAUGGUUGGAUGUGCUCAUGGGAUUGGAAGGGAAGCUUAGACGACAAUUUGAGAAAUGGGAUAUUCUUCUUGGAGACUUUAUUCAGGAUCAUAUUGUUCGAUUCAAUGACGGAGAGAUCACGAGCAAUACUAAUUUAAUUAAUGUGAUGCUCCAGCUACAGAAAAAUUCAAGCAUGGAGUUUGUCCUCACAAAUGAACAUAUAAAGGCAAUUUUGUUGGAUAUGAUUGCUGGAGGAACUGACACAUCCUUCGCCACUCUUGAUUGGAGCAUGGCUGAGCUCAUUCGAAAUCCAGAUGUAAUGAAAAAGGUACAAAAUGAAGUGAGAGAAACAGCUCAUGGAAAGGAAAUAGUCGAGGAGAAAGACUUGGAUAAACUGGACUACAUGAGGGCUGUCAUAAAAGAAGUUCUUCGUCUGCAUCCGCCUGUUCCAUUACUUCUCCCUCGGGAGUCAUUGCAAGACUGUCAAAUACAAAAAUAUCACAUUUCUAAGGGAACCAAAGUCCUUAUCAAUGCAUGGGCUAUUGGAAGAGAUGAUGUUUACUGGAAAGAAGCACAAGAGUUUAAACCUGAGAGAUUCCUGGGCAGUGCGGUGGACUAUAAAGGUAAUGAUUUUCACUACAUACCAUUUGGCUCUGGUCGCAGAAUUUGCCCUGGAAUGCAGUUUGCAGUCGCCAUUGUUGAGCUUGCUUUGGCAAAUCUCUUGCACCGCUUCAAUUGGGAACUACCGAGCGGCAACUCUUGUGAUGGCAUGGACAUGCUCGAGGGGGAAGGAAUAACAUCUGUAAGAAAAGAAAAGCUUGAAUUGGUUCCAAUAGCAAUAAAACAUACUUGAAAAUUUACCAGUCAUCAUGUCUAAGCCCCACGACUUUAGCAUUUCAUGUAAAGCAAGGUAUUGAUGACAGCCGGAACCUAUGAUGUCAUUUCAAAUGAAUGUAUAAUGAACGGUUCGGAGAGAAUAAGAAGUGUUCCUUUUGUUUGCCUUUUGAUGAAAAUAAAGAAAGCACCUAUUA